AUGCCUCUCUCUCUCUCUCUCUCUCUCUCUCUCUCUCUCUCUCUCUCUCUCUCUCUCUCUCUCUCUCUCUCUCUCUCUCUCUCUCUCUCUCUCUCUCUCGCUCUCUCAAACGAGCCGCUGGCGCUCUCCUGCACCCUCUCUCCCUCGCUCUGCCGCACUCUCUCUCUCGCUCUGCCGCACUCUCUCUCUCUCGCUCUGCCACACUCUCUCUCUCGCUCUGCCGCACACUCUCUCCCUAUCGCUCUGCCGCACUCUCGCUCUUUCGCUCUGCCGCGUUCGCGCUCUAUCUCUCUGCCGCAUUCUCUCUCUCGCUCUGCCGCAUUCUCUCUCUCGCUCUGCCGCAUUCUCUCUCUCGCUCUGCCGCAUUCUCUCUCUCGCUCUGCCGCAUUCUCUCUCUCGCUCUGCCGCAUUCUCUCUUUAGCUCUGCCGCAUUCUCUCUCUAGCUCUGCCGCAUUCUCUCUCUCGCUCUGCCGCAUUCUCUCUCUCGCUCUGCCGCAUUCUCUCUCUCUCGCUCUGCCGCAUUCUCUCUCUCGCUCUGCCGCACUCUCUCUCUCGCUCUGCCGCAUUCCCUCUCUCGCUCUGCCGCACUCUCUCACUCGAUCUGCCACACUUUCUCUCUCGCUCUGCCGCACUCUCUCUCCCUAUCGCUCUGCUGCAUUCUCUCUCUCACUCUGCCGCAUUAUCUAUCUCUCGCUAUGCCGCAUUAUCUCUCUAUCGCACCGCCGUUUGUCAAACAUUAUAUAUGUUAUGCUUGUGUAG